AUGGAGUGUUUGGAAGGUGCCACAAGAUUCCAGUGAUGGACACAUACCACUAUGAAGUGUCACCAGGAGCCCUGCAGCACCUGAAAGUCACCUUGCAGAAGCUCUCCCGCACAGGUCUCACGUGGCAGGAUGACUACACUCAGCGAGUCAUGGCCCAGGAGCUCAGGAACCUCCCCAAAGCCUCUGCAUGGCAUCCAGAAGCUUCCAGCCCAGCCAGGACCUCACAACAGAAUGUUGGUAACGAUCGGCUAUAUGGCCUGGAGAACGAGGUGGCCCUGGCCAAGACCCUUCAGCACUUCCUGUCCUACCUGGGGCUUCUGUCCCAGGCCACGACCUCAAGUGUGCACACCAGGGUGGAGCAGGAGACACUGUCGGCCAAGGGUGAGGACCCCUUCCCCAAGAGCAUCCUGACCUACGUGGCCCACACGUCCGCGUUGACCUACCCUCCUUCCACUCGGGCCAAGUAUCCCGAGAGCCUUCCACUGAGGACCCUCAGCCGGCUCCAGCCAGACGAGCUCAGCCCUAAGGCAGACAGCAGCGUGGACAGACAGCACCUGAUCGCAGCUCUCAGUGCCUAUGCUGCUCAGAGACCCCUUGUGUCCCCCGGGGAAGGUGACCCAGGGCUGCGGUACCUUAUCCGCAACCCCUCCAGAACACUGAGGCCCCUAUCAGCACCGACUGCCUCCCAGAGACGGCCCUCACCUCCAGGGGACCCCAAAGACCCCCCAAGCAUGGGUGAUGACAUACUCCUUCGGAGUCUCGUGAAGGACCUGUGGAAGCAGCAGGCUGAAGGGGAGCGCCUGGGCCCUCAGCAGCUGGACCAGAUGACAGACAUGAUUGCUGAGGCCAUGCAAGGCAAGCGUCCAGAGGGAGGCCAGGACAGCCACGGGAGAGGGCCUGAGGGACAGUCACAGGAACACAUGGAAGGCCUGGAGACAGCACUCCAAGAUCACAGAGUGCAUGAGGAGGAUGACCCCGUGUACGAAGAGGUCAGUCGCCUGAGUGUCCAGCUUGGGGACCUCUUGCAGGACCGCGGGUCCCCACUCUUCUCUGAAGUCCCUUUUCUGGAAAAGUCCUUCAAAACAGAGAUCAAGAAGUCAGAAGAGCCCGAGUCUUCCUUGUCUUCGGAAGAGGAGACUGCUGGUGUGGAAAAUGUGAGGAGCCAGACUUACUCCAAAGACCUGUCAGAGAAGAAGCUGAACUUGGACGCCAGGGCCCACAGGCUUGGGGUCGAACUCCAGAACUGGGCUCCAGGGCCUUGGCAGGAGGAGCAGGGCCCCCUGGCAGCAGCACGGGGACCCCCCGAAGGCCUGCAACUGGAAGUCAAAUCUUCUGAGGAGUCGCAGCACGGGUACAUUGUGACGGGGAGCAACCCCCUGAGCCCAGACAAGGGAAAGCAGUUGAUGGACGAGGUCGCCCGCCUCCUGCAGGUGCCACCGAACAUCUUUGUGGAUGUCGAGGUUCUGGGACCGGCAGUGACUUUCAAAGUGAGUGCCAACAUUCAAAAUGUGACAACUGAGGAUGUCACAAAAGCCACAGUUGACAACAAGGAGCAGCUGGAGAAGACGUCCGGACUGACCAUCCUUCAGAGCGGAACUGGGCCGAAAGGCAGACUCAAGCUUCUGCCCCACCAGAGAGAGCAGGAGGACUCCACCAAGUUCAUUGCGCUCACCUUCCUCUGUGUGGCCUGCAUCGUGGGGGUCCUUCUGGCUUCUGCCCUCAUCUACUGCCUCCGCCACAGCUCCCACUACAAGCUGAAGGAGAAGCUGUCCGGCCUGGGGGGUGACCCAAACUCAGAUGCCUCUGCAGCCUACCAGGAGCUAUGCCGCCAACGCAUGGUCACACGGCCACCGGACCGCCCCGAGGGCCCACACACCUCCCGUAUCAGCAGUGUCUCAUCCCAGUUCAGUGACGGGCCAAUGCCCAGCCCUUCGGCACGGAGCAGCACCUCGUCAUGGUCUGAGGAGCCUGUCCAGUCCAACAUGGACAUUUCCACUGGCCACAUGAUCCUGGCCUACAUGGAGGACCACCUGAAGAACAAGAACCGGCUGGAGAAGGAAUGGGAGGCGCUGUGUGCCUACCAGGCAGAGCCCAACAGCUCGCUCGUGGCCCAGAGGGAGGAGAACACGUCCAAGAACCGCUCCCUGGCUGUGCUGACCUAUGACCACUCCAGGAUCCUGCUGAAAUGGGAAAACAGCCACAGCAGCUCAGACUACAUCAACGCCAGCCCCAUCAUGGACCAUGACCCAAAGAAUCCCGCGUACAUCGCCACCCAGGGACCACUUCCCUCUACUGUGGCCGACUUCUGGCAGAUGGUGUGGGAGAGCGGCUGUGCUGUCAUCGUCAUGCUGACACCACUGGCUGAGAACGGUGUCCGGCAGUGCCACCACUACUGGCCUGACGAAGGCUCCAACCUCUACCACGUCUAUGAGGUCAACCUGGUCUCCGAGCACAUCUGGUGCCAGGACUUCUUGGUGAGAAGCUUUUACCUGAAGAACCUUCAGACCAACGAGACUCGCACGGUGACCCAGUUCCACUUCCUGAGUUGGUAUGACCAGGGAGUCCCUUCUUCCACGCGGUCACUUCUGGAUUUCCGCAGAAAAGUGAACAAGUGCUACCGGGGCCGCUCUUGUCCAAUAGUUGUUCACUGCAGUGACGGCGCCGGCAGGAGCGGAACCUAUGUCCUGAUUGAUAUGGUUCUGAACAAGAUGGCCAAAGGUGCUAAAGAGAUUGAUAUCGCCGCGACCCUGGAGCACUUGAGGGACCAGAGACCAGGCAUGGUCCAGACAAAGGAGCAGUUUGAGUUUGCACUGACAGCUGUGGCUGAGGAGGUCAACGCUAUCCUGAAGGCCCUUCCCCAGUAGGUGCUGGAGCCAGAGCUGCAGCAGAGUCUGAGUACU